CGGGAGCUGACACUUCUUGGUGGCGUAACAAAAGUCUAGGACAUUUUUAGGAAAUGAAUAUUCUAAUACUCCUUUGCCUUAUAUACCUUAAGUUGGCCUUAGUUGGCUCCAAUUUGUUGUUUCAAACUAACCCGGAGUUUGGUAUAUUUGUGGUCUUGGCCAUGCCACUUUCUCUGAAGAACCAUGCCUUCAUUUCGUUUAGUUACGAGUUUAAUUACUAUCAACCCGAGCAUAUCUACAAGUAUCCUGGUGGGUUGAUGGAGGAUGAUUGGGAGGAAAGUUAUUUAACUUAUAAUAACACUGGAGGGCUGGGUAGCAGCAGGUCCUUUCCUUCUGUAGAUGGUAAUAACUAUUCAGGUCUGCAAAGGACUGGUCGCUCCUUACCAAUUAUGAGUAGAACAAACUUCUAUAUGAUGAUGGAGGAUAAAUUGGAGAGAUCUGGCAAUCCUGCUAAGCCCUGUCUCCUCCGUUUAAUCUGCGAAACGAAUGCCUCAACACUUGGCCAAGUGAAUGGACUCUUGGGCACCACAGUGCAUAUCUUGUUCACACCCAGCAGCUCGCGUGACGAGAAUCUGGACACAGAUUAUUACCAGGCCGAAUGGGGGGAUCAUCGGUUUGGGGACUGCUCAUCGUGGGAGAGUGUUCUGGAUCUGAUCUCAAGGCCGUUGGGCGAUGCUCUGCGGGAAGUUUUGGCCAGACGAAAUGGAAGACAAUGAACUGGUU